GGACAGGAGAACUUAAGACCGUACGAUCGAGCGCGAAGGGCCGCAAACGAGACGCAGCGCGCCCCAACAUGUCCCAGCCAAUCAUCCUUUACGACAUUGCCAUGGCCGGGGGAACGCCUGCGGACAAAGCCUGGAGCCCGAACAGCCUGAAAACGCGACUGGCUCUAAACUUCAAGGGCCUCGCGCACAAAACUCAGUGGCUGAACUUCAUCGACGUUGCCCCGACGUUGUCAGGUUUAGGGUUAGCACCUCAUGUCACGAACGACCCGCGCAAAUGGACCGUACCUGCGAUAUACGACCCGAAAACGCAGACAACGAUCAUGGGCAGUCAAGAGAUCGCGACGUAUCUCGAGGAGCAAUACCCAGAACAGCCGUCACUCUUCCCUCCUCGCACACGCGCAUUGCAAGCUGCUUUCUACGAUGAGGUCUCCGAAUCGUUGAUCGUACCGAUCUUCACGUCACUCUUAUAUCGACACCUGGAGAAGUGUGCGACAAGGGAUAAGGAGUACUUCCGGUCGUCGCGGGAGGCCAUCUUCGGAUGCUCAUUUGAGGACAUCGCGCCGAAGGGUGAAGACGCGUUGAAGACAAGGCUUGCGGAGAUUGAGGUGGUGCUCGGUAAAGCCGCACGGUGGAUUGACAUGGGGCCAGGGAUAUUCGUGGGAGGCGAGGGGCCGCUCAAUGCCGACUUCAACCUCGUAGCUAUGUUCCUAUGGGCAAAGAUGGUCGGAGGCGACGAACACCCCGUGACAAGGGACAUUUUACGGGCGGACGGAGGUCGAUGGGUGAGGUAUAUCGAAGCGUUCGAUGCCUGGACAGCGCUGCACUGA